AUGGAUGAUAAAAAGUUAACAGUUGUGACAGAGUUACAUAGGCAAGCUAGGAGAAAUUAUCCACGUCGAAAAGUAGAAAUGCGUGGAAUUGAUGAAACCUGGCAAGCAGAUUUAGUUGAAAUGAUACCUUAUUCAAAAUUCAACUUACGAGGAAAUUACAAAUGGGAAGAAAUUUUACAAUCUCUUGUUAAAAAGUACAAUAAUAAUAAACAUCGCACUAUCGGAAUGAAACCUAAGGAUGUCAGCAGAGAAGAUGAAAAGAGACUGUUGAAACGCAUAUCCCAACAAAGGAAAAUUUUAUCUAAGAAAGCAAAAUUCAAAGUUGGUGAUAAAGUGCGAACAACUGAAAUAUUCACCAUCACUCAAGUAAAAUCAACAAAGCCGGUAACAUACAAGCUGAAGGAUUAUCAAGAUCAACCCAUCGAAGGUGGUUUCUAUGUAGAAGAAAUUUCCAAAGUCAAAUAUUCAGAUGUUUAUCUUGUAGAGAAAUUUCUCAAAAAUCGUCAUAAUAAAGUCUAUGUAAAAUGGCUUGGAUUCGAUAAUUCUCACAAUAGUUGGAUAAAUAAAUUAGAAAUUUAA